GAUGAUAACAGUUCGGAUGGUUAUUGUCGCGCGUUCGUUAUUGUAACAAUUGUAUACAUGCAUAGUGCAGAUCCGGGUAAUUAAAACAUCAUCGUCUUAUACAUACUCGUUUCGCGUACUUGGAUUUUUACAACUUUUUUUUUCCCUUUUUUUAUCGCGUAACCUAACUCCCACCCUGCCCAAAAGCCUGACUCGACUCUUGCGCGUUCGGACCAUAUUGUUGUUCCUACCGGUCGAUGAACAAAACGAUCUUGCUCGAUCCGUUUAUCAUUGUUGUUAUUAUCAUUCAAGAGUCCCACGCAUGACCGAAGGCUCGUCGGUAAUUAAUCAUACUCGUAGUCUUGUCUUACGGUAUUUUUUUUUUUGUCUCCUCUCUUCUCCUUCCGUUUCCUUCUUUGCUGUUCCGCGCCCGAAACCGUCAGUGCAUUUCCUCCGGGUGCUUGUGCAGUCCAAUCGUCGACGAGACAUCUAGCAAGUCUCCUCUGUCAAUCGGUCUUGAUAUUACUUUAGAGUAAGUCGACAUUUUAAUAACAACCGUAAUACACAUAGUGGACGUUACUCCAUUGCAGAUCCUUGUGUCAUUCGGCAACACCAUGAAGGGUAUUUCUCACCUCUCAUGUUUGUUUCUAGUAUUAAGUAUAGUCUUUUCCCAAGCUCAUGCAAGUUUAUACUUUGACACUAAGGACUUGACACUAUUAGUAAACGAUACAAAAACUAUAACAUUGUUUUUAAAUGAAAACAUAACGCAAAACUCUUUAUUUGUCUUGCACAACAACCACCCUGAUUUGUUAACUACAAACACAACUGGAAUAACAGUAAAUGCAUCGUCAGAACCUCAAGAAUGGGCAAUCAAAUUAUUUACCCAUGACGCUGGUCACGACCUAUUGUCAGUCAAUUGUUCAUCAAAAAAUAUCAAGGCUGACGAUGCUUUUGUUAGAGUAACUAUACAACAUUCAAACGACUUGGCUUGGGGUAGUGUUGUAAUUGGAUGGAUUUAUUUUUGUGCCUGGUCUAUAUCAUUUUAUCCUCAAAUGUAUGAAAACUGGUCUCGCAAAAGCGUUGUUGGACUAAAUUUUGACUUCAUAUGCUUGAACUUGCUUGGCUUUAUUCUCUAUUCAAUGUUCAACAUUGGCCUGUGGAUACCUGAAAUUGAACAAGAAUAUUUUGAACGAUUUCCUCGUGGUCAUAAUCCAGUUCAACUAAACGAUAUAUUCUUCUCAGUUCACGCCGUGUUUGCCACAUUGAUUACAGUCUUCCAAUGUAUUUGCUAUGAGAGAGGUGAUCAACAAGUUUCUCGGACAGCAAAAUUAAUUCUACUUUUGUACAGUGUAAUAGUUGCUGUACUGUUGAUCAUUGUUAAUUUACAAACAAUUUCAUGGUUGGAUUUCCUAUAUUAUUGUUCGUACAUCAAGUUGUCGAUUACUCUUAUUAAAUACAUUCCACAAGCUAUAAUGAAUUAUAGACGACAAAGCACGGUUGGCUGGAGUAUCGGCAACAUAUUUAUGGACUUCACUGGAGGCAUUCUGAGUAUUUUCCAAAUGAUUAUUAACGCGUACAAUUACAACGACUGGGAAUCAAUAUUUGGUGAUCCAACGAAAUUCGGUCUCGGUCUAUUGUCCGUUAUCUUCGAUUUGUUAUUCUUCUUGCAGCAUUAUGUGUUUUACAGAGUUAGUAAUUAUCAACAAUUUGAUAAUUACGCAGAAGUUGACGAGGAAGACGCUGCUUCAUCAUCUUCGUUAGAAAACUCUAGUGAACAUCUGGACAAUCCGAUAUGUUAGGCAAAGCAUACAGGUUUUCUGACUAAACUUUAGUUCAGACUAAUCCGAGUCAAUAUGUUGCACAUCUUUAGGACUACUCAUAAGACUGAAUCCAUUAUUUUUUUACCAAAGAAUACUACGGUUACAAUCUAUCAAUUGAUUAUUUUGUAUUAAAUAACUAAAACUCAUAUUUCAACAUGAAAACAUUUUAAGUUUAAAUAUUUGAACAAAGGUAAUGUAUGAGCAAAUUUUACUUGGGCAGUAAUAGGUUAAAUACUUGAGCUUUCUAAUUAUUGACAAAAUGUAUAAUAUAGAAGUAUUUAAUGUUGUUUUGUUUUUCAAAGUCAAUAUUUUACACGUUAUAUUAUGAAUCGCAUAUUUCAGAAACCCACUUAAUGCCAACAGAACCCCUAUGUACUAAAAGAGUUUCUAAAAUAAACGUUUCAAUUUAUACUAAGUAUACUGCAACACAUCUCGGUUAUUGAAAUAUUUAAGCGAAGAUGAGUGUUAGACUGCUAUCUAAUCUAUACAUAUAUAUAUUUAAUUAGGUACAAAUAACUACUUUGAAUAUAUUUUUACUUAUUGGAUUUAACUC